GUGAGAGUGUUGUGAGAGGAAGCAGCAGCAGCAUCCUGAAGAUUUUCCUUUUGGUAACAAUGAGUGUUCCUCCUUGAGCUUGAUGUGGGGAUAUAGAUAUUUAAGUUGGACUUAAAGGAGACUCAGUGCAGCUUGUGUUGACCCUCACAUGUUGGCCAAAACGUGAAUUUCAGGUGAAAGUGAAUGGAUCAUCAGACAGAAACCUUCCAUUAUGAAGAUGCUCAGCAGAAAGUGCUUUGUUUGGACACUUCUGAAAGGAGCCUUUUGUUUGUUGGUCCUUGGGCAGCGACAGACAAACAGCAACUUCACCUUCAGCAAUAAAGCAUUGCCUCAUCUCAAAAGAGUCCAAGACCCUUCCCUACACAGGAACUGGGCACUCAAAACCAGGAGUGUGAUUCAGAACACCAAAUUAUCUGUCAACCCCUUUAUCCAUCUCUCAAAGCAUAGACUUGGUGACAUACUUGGUGGAAGCUCUCCAUCACACCUCAACCCUGAACCCUUGAAGAUAAAGCUUCAGCCUAUCAUUAAAGUUCAUGGAAUUUCCAAAUUCAGUUGGGGGGACUUUUACUCAAACAUCAAGACAGUUAAACUGAAUUUGCUGAUCAUGGGUAAGAUUGUGGAUCAUGGGAACGGUUCUCUCGGGGUCUACUUUCGCCACAAUUCCACAGGUGUAGGUAAUGUGUCUGUCAGCCUUGUCCCCCCGAUGAAAGAGGUGGAGUUUGACCUGGAACGGCAAAGUGUGGUUAAUCCUAAAGACUCCAAGACGUUCAACUGCAGAGUGGACUAUGAGAAAACUGAACGCAACAAGAAGGUGAUGCUGUGUAACUACGACCCAUCAAAGACCUGUGCUCAAGAGCAGACCCAGAGCCACGUGACCUGGAUGUGCUCCAAACCCUUCCAGUUCAUCUGUAUCUACGUAUCGUUCUACAGCACUGACUACAGGCUUGUACAGAAGGUCUGUCCAGACUACAACUACCAGAAUGUUGGUGUGUACCUGCCUGCAGGUUAAUCAGAGGAAAACACAUGAAUACAUAUUCAAAUAAAUCCACAAACAGGAAUCAGGAGGAGCAGAAGUGAUGCAGUAAAGGGGGGGGUCCUGGAAGACUUUGGGAGAACGUCUCAUGGAAAAUAUAUUUUAUUGGUUUCACAAUAUAAUAGUUUAUAUUGCAGUAUCUUGCUUGAUGUAUAGUUGCACUGGCCUGUUGUUUUUUUUUUUUUUUAAUUAUUA